UUAGAGCAAACAGGGAAGCUUGAACUUGCCUUCCUCGCCCAUGUGCGUUAGGUAUCCGAAUUUCGGCCUACACACGAGGUCCGGUUUCGAGAGUAGUUAGUGCUCAAUUAAAUUGGUUUUUUCCUUGUUUUAUGGUCGGAUUAUUAUCAGGCAUCAUGAGUGAUAGUAGUGAUAGCGAUUCGGGCUCAAUGCCAGAACUUGUAGAUACUAUAGAUGGGUCCGUCGAAGAACCGGAGACGUUCAUGAAAGGCUUCCUAGCCGUUACGCCGGACGAUGCUGACAGUUCAGGAAUUGAAAAUUUGUGCAAGCAACUCUUUAAACAUUUUGAAGUUGAUGUUAAAGAGCUGGCGGAACUUCUCGUUCGACAGAAUUAUGUGACCACCGUGUUGAAGGAAGAAGUUGAUGAACCUGCGGCAGAUCCGGAUGAUGAUGGGACAGUGUAUGGUGUGUACAGCGCAGUGAAUCUGAAGAAUAACAAGGAUAAUCCUUUCGUGAAGCAAGUGGUUAAUUGGAUGUUGACACAUGCUGGACAAUCAGUUGAAGGAAAUGUUCUAAAACAAUUACUUGACUUUGAGGGUAAUCAUCCAAACACGACUGGAUUACUGAUCAAGGAGAAAGUGGUCAACAUUCCGGGGGUGGCGACUUGCCCAUUCAUGAAACAGUUGAUAAAUGAUUUGGAAACUGCCACUGAAAAUGGAAUGCAGUAUAAUUUCACUCAUUUUGUUCAUGUGGCAAAAAUGGUAAAAAUUAAACACGAGCCCGAGUAUUUCGUCGAUCAAGACGACGAAAUAAUUCAUAAGAACCACACUCGAUUCUUCGAUGUCAAUUACCCAUCAUCCGUUGACUCAGGCAUAAUUUUCCAGAAUCAGUCUGGCAGUUCUAUCUAUGGAAAAGCCUUUCGUCGGAUUUACGUGUUCACUAAGGCACAACUGACUGACUUCAUGAAUGAGCUUCAAAAUAUCGAAGGUAUGAAUAACCUGAUGGCAGAAGCUGCAAGCAGUGGAUUGAAAAUAUAACGUGAUGUUAUUCUGACUUGUUAAAUUCAAAUACAUGACGAUGUAAUAAAAGCAUUUUUUCAUUUUUCAAAACCUA